GGGAAUAAACAUCACAACUAAAUUUGCUAUGAUAAUCCAACACAUAAUCCAACUCCUAACAAAGCAGUGGGGCUCACAAGCCUCAACGAGAAUGAGACCACACAUGUAAGAGAAGAUGUUUGAUGAUGAUGGUUGAAUACUCCACCCCGGGAGUCACUGUCCUGUGUCUAAUGAAGACAUCGAGGCUGCAGUACCAACGCACACCAGCAGGGGCUUGUGAAAUCACACGCAAACACACGAUUUGAGGACUUCAGGUCAUGAAAGCCUUUCUCUGGGAGAGUCACUUCUGUCCUUCAGUUCUGCAAAUGCUUUUGGAGUAUGUAUCUACAGUAUAUUUGGGGUGGACAUACUGUUUUAACAUCUGUGUUUAGUGCCACCUUUCUAUUUUCACCUAAUUCAGAUAACGAGACAUUUCCCAGACAGCUGUGAUACUGUGUGCGCGCACGUGUGUGUGUGUUCGUUUCUGACAGAGAGAGAGAAUGUGUGUGUUAAAAAAAGGAAUGGGGUGCCACUGGUAAAGGGUGACAGAUUGUGAGCGGGCUCCAAACGGGAUCUGGUGGUCUAUAUUCGCCUGGUGAAUCACAGAGAGCCUGGCAUUCCGGGUGUCCCCUUUCACGCCAUAUAUGUGCCACCCCAGUCCCCUUCCCAGCCCACAGGCUGCUCAGCUAUCGCUGCUAUUCUUAGACUGUCACUUCAGCUCCUGCGAGCAGGUACCUGUUGGCUCUGCCCACACACCCCGGCGCCCAGUCCCCUUGGAUUCUUUGAACAAUUGUUUGGAUCUUGGCAGUUUUUCUGCAGGAAUGAGCUACACAGUGUCUCUGGCGGGCCCUGGGCCCUGGGGCUUCAGGCUGCAAGGGGGCAAAGACUUUAACAUGCCGCUGACCAUCUCCAGGAUCACUCCAGGCAGCAAGGCAGCACAGGGGAACCUCGUUCAAGGUGACGUCAUUGUGGCAAUCGAUGGAGUGAGCACUGAGGGAAUGACUCACCUGGAGGCCCAGAACAAGAUCAAGACAGCGUCUUACAAUUUGGCUUUAACCAUGAGCAAGUCUAAACGGCCAGCAGCACUGUCCAUGCCCAGAAUGGAUGUCUUCUUCCCCAAUAACCCGCCACAACAGGUUUUCUCUGCUCCUCCUGCCAACCCCGGUGUGCUGCGAGACUCCACCCACCAGCCACUGGAGGUGCAGGGGCCAGGGGGCCGGGCCACCAUUAUCCAUGCCCAGUACAACACGCCCAUCAGCCUCUACUCUCAGGACGCCAUCAUGGAUGCCAUCGCGGGACAGACCACACCAAAGAUGAGUGCCGGCAGCCAGUAUGUUGAAGCACCGGUCAUGCAGCAGCAAGCCGUGCCUCAGCAGCACUUUCAACCCAUCAUCCAUCCACACCAGCGGCCUCCGCCACAGCAGGCCCCGCCCACGCCGCACGGCAUGCCCACACACCAAACCCCACCCACACAGCAGAGCUCAGUUCAGAUCCCACUUGGCUCCGCCCCCCCAAAAGUGGUCAGUUCGGCGUGCAUCUAUCCAUCUCAGCCAGCUGCCGCUCCCCCCCAAGCUCCCGCCAUUGCCCCUGCCCCCAGUGCUCCAGCUGCCACCACCCCUUCAAACCGCCCCCCCUGGGUGACUGACACUAACUUUGCAGAUAAGUUUGACCCUGUGAAGAUGACAACCCCGAUGAAGGUGCAGGCGCUUCCCCAAGCAGCACCGCCUCCACCUCCGUACAUCCCCAAUCCCACCUCUGUCAACCCCAGCCAGGUGUCCAUCCCUCCCAGCGCUGCCCCAGUCACGCCCAGUCCCACCACCUUCCCUCCUGUUGCACGAGGCGUGGCUCAGAGAGCAGAGAGGUUCGCUGCCAGCAGCCGCACGCCUCUGUGUGGAGCCUGCAACAGCAUCAUCAGGGGUCCCUUCCUGGUGGCACUUGGCCGCUCGUGGCACCCUGAGGAGUUCAACUGUCACUACUGCAACAUGUCACUAGCUGAUGUUAGCUUUGUGGAGGAGCAGAAUAACGUAUACUGUGAAAACUGCUACGAAGAAUUCUUCGCUCCGACAUGCGCUCGAUGCAGUACCAAGAUCAUGGGGGAAGUCAUGCAUGCUCUCCGACAGACUUGGCACACCACCUGUUUUGUUUGUGCUGCCUGUGGAAAGCCCUUUGGAAACAGCUUGUUUCACAUGGAGGAUGGAGAACCGUAUUGCGAGAAAGAUUAUGUUGCCCUCUUCAGCACCAAGUGUCAUGGCUGCGACUUCCCUGUGGAGGCUGGUGAUAAGUUCAUUGAGGCUCUCGGUCAUACCUGGCACGAUACCUGCUUUGUUUGCGCAGUGUGUCACGUGAACCUUGAGGGUCAACCAUUCUAUUCAAAGAAGGACAAGCCGCUGUGCAAGAAGCACGCUCACGCCAUUAAUGUGUAGCCAGCAGGGGGCGACGCAACUCUACUAUUACCAGUAUGGCGGAACCUUCACUUCGGCCUGAGGUCUACUCUGGUUUCGAUCGCCUGGUUUGAUGAAAUAAAAGUUGUCCGAAUUAAAAUCUUUUCGACACUUGAGAAAAGUGAAGACGGGAGAAGCUGUUGAAGGGUCACCUGUCCGUCACAGACUAUCUAUCUUGUCGGAUCCUUGAAGGUGAAUAUUAAGAGAAAGAAUAAAUGCUCAAGUGUAAUAUCUAACUCCUGUGAAUUCAUUGCUUUCCAACCAAAUGGAAGCUUGUUUGAGUAAAUGUUCAAAUGAAAAAACAAUGUUUGGUUUUUGAUGGACCAUUUGUAGGUGCGAAACUGAUGUUUGUCAGAUGACAGGGCGACUAAAAUGUGACUAAAACUUCUUUUCUCACGGAAAUCAUUGAAUAAAGUAAUGUGUA